AUGGCAAGUCGUGGUGCACACGGUGGGACGUCCAAGGGAAGCCGGCUGGGAGAGCUUGGCAGCCGCGGAGCACCCUGGAAGAAGAACCAAGACUUGAGGUAUACACGCCGGCUGGAGCGCGGUCGUCCGCCAAUCCUGGCUCGGACCACCUUCUAUUCAAGCAGUGAUGCGCUGAUGAGAGGAGUGCAGGGGCUGACGGGCUCCCUGUUCGUAUUGGAUCCACUGGGUGAAGCCAUGGAGAGCGAGACCUUUGCCCACUUGGUUCUGGGAGUCCUGCAGGAGACUGCCCGUGUCUCCUUCGCCAUCGGCGGCGCGGACGGUCUCCCGGAACCCCUGCGCCCGGGUUGUGGGGAGCUCGCCCGUACCGUGAGGCACUUGUCACUGAGCCAAAUGACGUUCCCUCAUCGACUGGCGCGGGUGCUGCUGCUGGAGCAGAUCUUCCGUGCGCGCGAGCUGACCAUCGGCUCUGGCUACAGUCGUUGA